AUUUUCCACGCAGCCUCCACGGGUAGAGUUAAGAUAGGUUGCGUCACCGCACACAGUCUCCCCACUAACUACAAUUUGACAGUUUCUCAGGUGAGGCGUCACGCUACCGGAGCUCUUUCACUUUCUCUUGAGUUUUAGCGCGCAUUUCACUGUGAGCCUGGGGUUGUUUAACUCAAAAACCAUUUACCAGAAGCCCUCACACCACGGCACCAUGAGCAAAAAGAAAAAGGAGUGGAGAGCGGAGAAAGAGCGCUUACUCAGUCUUGGUCUAGAGGAUAGGCGCAAAGAUUAUCGGGGAAACUAUGUGGCAUUGGACAAGAUACCCACCUGGGCAAAUCCUGACAAUAAUACAGCUACUGAUGAAGAAGAAGAACAUCAGUCUUCCUCCUUGGCUGACAAAGUGUCUCUGUACAGAGGUGACAUCACCAUCCUGGAGGUGGACGCCAUCGUGAAUGCUGCAAACUCUUCUCUGCUCGGCGGUGGAGGAGUGGAUGGCUGCAUACACAGAGCCGCGGGUCAUCUCCUGUUUGAAGAGUGCCACUCGUUAAACGGCUGUGACACUGGAAAAGCCAAGAUCACCUGUGGCUACGACCUCCCAGCUAAAUAUGUGAUCCAUACUGUCGGCCCAAUCGCCAGAGGAAAUGUGGGCCAGUCCCAAAAAGAUGACCUUGAAUCAUGCUACAAAAACUCCCUCCAGCUGAUGAAGGACAAUAAUUUGAGAUCUGUGGCGUUCCCAUGUAUAUCGACAGGAAUAUAUGGUUUUCCCAAUGAGCCGGCAGCAGAAAUCGCCUUGAAGACUGUGCAUGACUGGAUUGUGAGCAACCAAGAUGAGAUCGACCGUGUCAUAUUCUGCGUCUUUCUGGAGACAGAUUAUGAGAUUUACAAGAGGAAGAUGUCAGAUUUCUUCUCCCCAGAUAAUGACGACCAUAAGAAAGAAGAUGAUGCCAGAAUGGAGCAAGGUAACACGCAGCCCAUGGAAGGAGAGGAAGAUGAUGACAAUGAUACUGAUAAAAAAGAUGAAAAGGAAGAUGAAAUUAUGAUGAGCCAGACAGAGGAAUCCCAUGUUGAUGAGACGAUGGAUAGCCAGAAGCCAGAAGCUGACAGCCGUGAUGACGAAACCAUGGUCCAGGAGGACAAAACGUCUGCAAAGGAAGACCAUAAAGUGGAGGUGAGUCCAACAGCAAAGAAGAAACCUGAACCUGAGAGAGAAAAAGAGAAGGAGAAGAAAGAAGACAAGGGAGAUGAUCCACAAGUUGCAGGGGGCGAGAAAGAGGAUAGCCCAGGAAAGAAGAUGCCAACAGGCCAGACUGAUGAAGCGGGAAAACAGAUGGAAGACUCAACAAAGAGUGCAGACAUCGGGGCGGACACCAGUCUAGAGCCUGCGGAUCCCAUGGAGGUUCAGGAUGCUGUCACAACAGCCAAGGAGAGCAACACCAGCAGCACUAAAGUUGAUGUGCAGAACAAGAGCUCACAAGAGCCCGACUCAACUCCACCAGACAGCAGACCAAAUUCCGAAGACGGCCAAGGCAAUGCGAGCACACAGGAAUGAGACGACAAUCAGCCUCAUAGGAAUGAGUGCCGGCAAACUGUGUGAGGGCAAACAUCACACCAAUUUUGUCCCACGCCAGGGAGUCGCCCACAAACACUGGGAAAAGAGUUGACCCCCACUUCAUUCACCAUCUUUCCUUCUAUUCAACCUGUAUUUCCUUUCCACUUCCUCAUAUUGAUAAUAAAUCAAAUAUAUAGCUAUAUAAAAUGGAACAAAUGAGAGUUUGAAUCAGAGAGAGUGCAGGGAUUGUGGAGCUAGAGGAGGGCUGCUAUACCUCACUUAACAUGCUGCUUUAUCAAUAGUUGUUGUUUUUUUAAAUAUGGCAUCCUGGUGCUGGAUUUGAACUGGUUUAAAUUAGAUAGAUUGGUCAAAACACAUCCGAAAACCAUCCUGACACUUUUAGUUACAUGCUGAUUUGUAAUACUAUAGAUGAAGUGCAAAGCCAAGGCUGAAUUUUCCUUCCUGCAGAGCACAGCAAUGCAAGAUUCAGACCAAAUAUGAUCUGGUUUCACAGCGCUGUCCACCAAUUAAGAUUUCUUUUAGGUGAAAAACACUAAAAUGGCUUUAAGUGUGCCGUUUGUGUGUGAGUGAGUGUGUGUAUAUACUGAUGAUGUCACUUUAAAGAGGUUUUCGCUUUGUGUUUGAGCUUCAGAACCAAGUCAGGUCAAACGAGGAGAACAUCGCUUGAUUCUAAUCUCCUAUCGAGUGGUGACAUUCCUCCCUAUUGCACGCUAUAUAGCAGAGGUGUUCGUGUGCUCCUCUGCUUUGAAACGACACGUCGCUCGCAGAGCCGCCCUUUAAUCUCUCAAACGAGCAUUGAUCAUGUUUCAUCUUCAAAGCUGCUCUGACUACUGCGAAUGCCUGUUAAAAAAGGAAAACCUCUGUUGUGUCAGACUGACAUGGCCGUUUUUGACGAGUGCGCUAACAAAUUAAUUCCCUCAAGUGUAUCUAGAUGCAUGCCAGCAUUGUUUAAAAUGUUUUAUUUACAGUCCCUCUCUCUCUCUCUCGGUCUCCUUCCCUGUCACAUGCAAAAAACAGAUAUCAGUUGCAAGCUCUCAGUAUUUUUACCAGAUUGUCUCUGCAUCUCCAAAAAUCUGCCUUAUUUCAUGCGAUAGGUAGUACAUAAUCACAAACUGGUGAUGGCAAAAAUAAAAAGCAAAUAGUAAGCGUGUGGCUUUGAAUGAAUUAAAUGCUACUUAAGAUGAUGAGUGAUGCAUUUCUUUUAAACAAAAAAAAAAAUGUUUUUCUGUCUUUAUGUUUGGGUUUUAAUUUGGUUGUUUAGUUUUCUUGGAUAUGAUAUUUUUUGGUUGAUAAUGAUUAAAAAUGUAUUCAAAAGGUUAAUUUACUCCUUUAAGUGGUGCCAUACUGUAUAUCAGAUGAACUUCUGCCUUCAUCCUUUGAUGUUUGCUUUGCUAUAAAACAACUAUGAAUAAAGUUAUAAAGUUGUUUCCCUGGG